AUGCAAAGACAGAUCAUUGGAACGCUCAACGUCCGCUUUCAUGAUCACAUCAAACAAGAUAUCCUCGAGCAUCGAAACGAUCCAGAAUACGAUAUCUUAUACCUGACCGCAGUACCUGAUUCUAGGCACAAUUUUCGUGUGCGUAUCGAAGACUUCCAAAGUCUCGAUCUCGACAACUACGAUCAGUGGUCUCAACGUUUCAUGACCGCAUCCGUCCAUCUCAACCAGCCUCAGCCUCUUGGAGUGCCAUUUAUCGUCAGUCAAGUCUGCAAACCAGGAUGUACUCGGGAGGAUCAUUCCAAAGCCUCGCAAUCGGCUUCCUCCUAG